AUGGCGUUGUCACAUGGGACUUGGGCAGCCCAAUGGCACCCCAAGAUGGCUGCAGUGCCAGAUGCUGCAAUUGUUGCGAGAUCUUCAAGGGGUAAGCUGGACCGGACGCCUACUUGGGCCGUCGCCAGAGUCUGUGCUGUUAUCAUCAUCAUCUCUUUGAUUUUGGAGAAGGUCCUGCACAAAGUUGGAACGUGGCUUUCGGAGAGGCACAAGAAAGGUCUGUUUGAAGCUCUGGAGAAGGUUAAAGCGGAGCUCAUGAUUCUGGGUUUUAUUUCACUAAUCCUGACCUUUGGUCAAAGUUACAUUGCCAAAAUCUGUAUUCCGCUUAAGGUUGCAAACACUAUGCUGCCAUGUAGUCAAUCUUCAACUGCUUCGGAAGAUGAAGAAUCAACAAGUCGCAGAAGACUCUUAUCGACUGACCGCCGAUUUUUAGCUGCUACAACUACUACUUCAUGCAAUAGUGGUUUUGAGCCACUGAUCUCUAUUAAUGGAUUGCACCAAUUGCACAUCCUCAUAUUCUUCUUGGCUGUCUUUCACGUAGCAUACAGUGCUAUCACAAUGCUUCUUGGGAGGCUAAAGAUUCGAGGAUGGAAGGCAUGGGAGGCUGAGACUUCAUCGCAUAGCUAUGAGUUCUCAAAUGUAAUGGAGAGAGGGUUUCAAAUACAAAUGCAGUAGAAUCUACUGGAAAAGAAAAGAAAAGGAGAGAUUUGAUCUACAAAAAGCACUUUUGGCUGCUCUUUUCAAUGCUCCUGAGAGACCCAAGGAGCCGGAGCUAGAAAGACCCGAGGAGCCGGAGCUACCAAAAAAAAGAAUAGUAAGAUCAAGCAAGGGUCAUUGGGAGAUCAAGCAUGGACUACCAAGCUAUACUUUCCUUCAUCAUGCAAAACCUAGGAAACUUAAAAGCUUCUUAGUCUAUGAUAUGUAUGAAUGCUUUAACAAUGUUCCUUAAAUUCAAUAUUUGAUGAAUUGAUG